UUUUGCACUUUUUAUUAUUGCUCUACACCGUUGAAGGUCAAAAGCUGUAACUUUCGUAUUAUAUUUGUGAAAUCAUUUCAGUUUACUGAGAUGUCAUGGUCAUGAGUUUACCUCAACUACCUUAUAGAUAUGAAAAGCAGUUCCAUGAAAACUGACAGACCGGAUCAUAAACAUUUCAAGUACAGAAACGUAAUGUUAUGCAUGCUUGCGAUAUACAAGUUAUACUUGCUGCAAAAAAUAUUUGGCCCCGAGUGUCUGUUGUUGUCAAACGCCAAACCCGGAGUCUUUCGGUUUCCACCCAAACGUGCUUAUCUGGUUCGCAACCUAAUUUAACGUACAUUUUAAAAAGACAAGCCAGGGAGCAGUGAAACUAGAAGUCGGCUCUGACUCCAGACAUAUUCAACGGGGAGCUGGAUCCUGCUAUGCAGGCGCUGGAGGCUCGACAGGACAAGAUUUUACGACGACUGUACGAGUUGAAGGCUGCUGUGGAGGGGCUAGCGAAGACUGUGACAACACCUGACGCGGACCUGGACGCUACCACCAUACCCCCGCAGGGCGGCGCCAGCACCAUGCUCACUGGGACUGCCGAUCUGGACUCAAUCCUGGGCAAGGACCCCGGGGCCCUGAGGGACAUUGUGAUAAACGCGCACCCAUCCCGGCCCCCCCUGUCCCUGCUGGUGCUGCACGGCCUGCUGUGCCAGAGGUACCGUGUUCUCUCCACCGUGCACGUGCACUCCUCCAUCCCCGCCGUGCCCCCCGAGCUCCUCACCUGCCUCGGCCCCCGCCACGCCCACAGCUACGCCCGCCAACACUUCCAGCUGGGAUUCACGCUCAUAUGGAAGGACGUGCCUAAGACGCAGAUGAAGUUCAGCGUGCAGACCAUGUGCCCGGUGGAGGGGGAGGGGAACGUGGCACGCUUCCUGUUUGGCCUCCUGUCCCCGGGGCCCGGUGACGCAGCCACGGCCACGCUGUCGGACGCCUGGGUGGACACCGCGCUCUUCCAGCUGUCCGAGGGCGGGGCCAAGGAGCGCACCGCCGUCCUGCGCGCGCUCAACGCCGCCCUGGGGCAGAGCGCCUGGCUGGCGGGGGCGGAGCUCUCCCUGGCCGACAUCGUCUGCGCCUGCUGCGUGCACCAGUCCGGCUCCGCCCCCUCCGCCCCGCCCAAUGUCCAGAGGUGGCUGAAGUCCUGUGAGAACCUGGGCCACUUCCGCCAAGCCUACGCCCUUCUGCACUGACCCCCACCCCUAUAUUCCCUGACCCGCCUCCGCACCCUGUUCUGUAACUCAGUAUUUCUGCUACACUGUGCCCAACGAAGCAGAAACUUGGUUAGCAUUGGCCAAUGAUCUGAGUCUAACUCAAAUGUAGUAAGAUGUCAUCCCCCCCUCCCACCUUGUGCCUCUGUAACCUCGUAAUAUCUGGUGUUUGUGGUGUUUUCUUGAAAAUGGGAACCCCGCCCUCUGGUCGAGUUU